GUAUAGCCGGUCACCCGGAUCAUGUCAGUGUAGGGCGGGUCUGAGCUGUCACUGAUCAGUGUUGGAAUCACACCGCCGCUCUCAGUGUCCGCCCUGAGCCGUGCCGGGAGCUGAGUGCGUGCGGCCUCCCCUCCUCCCCUCCUCGGCUCUCCUUCCUCUCCUCCUCGGCUCCUCUCUCCUCCAUCCAGGACUCCGGAUCCCGGGCACUAUGGGCCGCUUCUCCCCGUCCUCACUGUGCGCCCUCAUCCUCCUGGCAGCGGUGUGGAGCGCUCAUGGACAAGACUUUAGCUUGGAAGAUGCUCUUGACGAUAUCCCAACUGUGAAACCUAAGCCUAAACCACCAAAACCUCCGCAAAAGCCUUCAGAUGAUUUCGACUUUGACCUGUUUGAUGCUACUCAGCCGCCAAAGGUUGUCCCCAAACCUCCUCCUAAGAAGCCAGAUAUACCUAUGACAACAAGGAAGCCUCGCUUAUCAACCAAAAGGCCACCAAAAAAACACGAUCCCAAUGACUUUGACUUGUCAGAUGCCUUAAAUGACAAGAAUGAUCGGCCUGCAGGAGGAGGAGGAGGAGGUGGUGGAGGUUCCACAGUUAGAGACAAAGAUAAGCCAUCGGGUGGUAAAGGACAUGGAUUUGAUGACUCUGACUUGGAUGGUAUUUUCAAUGAUGGCUACAAACCAGACAAAGGAAAAGGUGGAGAUACUAGAGACACUGAUAACACAGACACAGGUACUUUAGCGGAGACGGGAACCAUUGCAGGAAUUGCUAGUGCUUUGGCCAUGGCACUCAUUGGAGCUGUAUCCAGUUACAUCUCGUAUCAACAGAAGAAAUUUUGUUUCAGCAUUCAACAAGGACUUAAUGCUGAAUAUGUGAAAGGGGAGCAUAUGGAGGGGGUAGUGUCUGAAGAACCUCAAGUGAAAUAUUCUUCUCUGGAAUCUCAAUCUGCUGUUCCUCCUUCAGAAGAUCCAUCUAAAGUUUGAAGACCUUCGUAGGUUCUCCAUUACCCCCUAAUGUUGUUUGCCAGCUUCAUCCUGUCUAUGGGGCUGAAAUAUUUUGUCUUUUUAUUUAUUAUGCCCACCAAGUCAUCCUAUGCUUAGGCAUUGUCUACUAUAAUAUAGGGGUCGCUCCUUUUUAAGAGUUAAAUGUUUACAUUUUAGAAACAAGUCAGUGUUUUUAUCUCAUGUUACACUCUUUGCCGUCUUACUGAACAAAUCAUAAAAACAGGAAGGCAAAGAUUUCUAGCUAGCAAUUACUUUUUUUAAAUGCACUAUUUUUGCAUAUUUAAGGGAUUAGGGUUUAUAGUAGUCAACUGUAGCUUAUUUGUGGAAUAUUUUAGCAGCUCUGUUUAUUUCAAAUGGGAAUGGUACACUUAUUUACUUACCUAUGAUGACUAUGACCAUUGUAGACUCUGGCACUCCUAAUUUGUGAGAUCCAAAGACAUAAAAAAAAUAUUACUGAGCCUAAUCGGCAGCUAAUGCCUAAUGUCGGUACCACCUGGUGUCUUUGGUCACAAUGCAUCGUCUUUUGUGGCUCAAGUGAUUUGGUGAAUAUGCACACCUCCAAGUACAUGUUUUGACUUGCCAUUUUGGUGCCUUGAUCUUAAUCAUUAGGAGAGUUAGAAUUCUUAAAGCAGUUUUUAAAAUAAUAUUUUACAUUGCAGUAGCUUAAAACUGUUCCCCCUGCAUGACGUGGCUAAGCAUCAAGCACCACUCAUCUGUUUUGCAAAGGAAUCCCAAUAUGGGUCAAUGCUAUUUAGAAAGUUCCAUACUAUGUUAGCAGCCUACUUGUGUUACAGAAGCAUUGUACAAAAAAAAAUGAAAACAAAAAUUUGGAACACAGGUAUAACCUAAAAUAGAACUGACUGUGGGAUUUGUGGAGCUCUUCUUGCUUUGUAUUGGGUCAGGUUGACCCUCACAGUUGGACAGAGCUAAAUGAACGGUCUCCCAUGGCGUUGGAUGUACUAGCUCACACUCUCUGGUUGUGCUUUAAUUCUCCAUAGCAAGUUCUCCUUUAAUAUUAGGUUCAGGUAAACCUUCAUGAUUUCUUUUUUAACAUACUGAUUUUGCUUAUUUCAUGGGUGUUUCCUUACCUGUGACUCCCACCUUUAGAAUAUCCCUGUGCUGAUCACUUUCUAUGAUGGUAAGCAGAACUCUUGUUCUAGUAAACUAAACCUGUACUGCAACCUAUUACAUUAUACUGUCUACUCCUAAAGCUUAUUAUAUAUAUUGUUUUUGUAGUCCAAUAUUUAUUGCAUCGGCACCAUGUCUGAAGACGUCAAUCUUCAUGUUUCAAACAUUAUCCUCUUAGCAUUUUAUAUUGUGGUGCAGACUUUUUGAAUGAUUGCUUGUCUAAUCACAUUGGAAGCAGCUUUGUUCGUAAUAUUCAAAAUCGCUAUGCAGAUGCUCCUUAAAAGGGCUGAAAUAUCAGUUUUAAUUCAAUUUAAAGGGAUGAUUAGUGGGAAAAGGUGUUCCCUUUUUUGUAUGAUGUAAAAUAAUAUUUUAUUUUUGUUAAAUA